CACCCCUCCUUCCCCCCCUGCCAGCCCCAGCGCCCGCGGGGCAGCGGCCCUUGCCCGCCCCGAGGGAGGGAGGAAGGAUGCGCGGCGCCGGGCUGUGAAGCAUGGAGGGCUCCCUGGACAAGUGGACCAAUUACCUGACCGGUUGGCAGCCUCGCUGGUUCGUUUUGGAUAAUGGGAUACUUUCCUACUACGAUUCCCAGGAUGAUGUGUGCAAAGGCAGCAAAGGAAGCAUAAAGAUGGCAGUUUGUGAAAUUAAAGUUCACCCCACGGACAACACGAGAAUGGAGUUAAUAAUUCCAGGGGAGCAGCAUUUCUAUAUGAAAGCAGUUAAUGCGGCUGAAAGACAGAGGUGGCUGGUAGCCCUGGGCAGCUCAAAAGCCUGUCUGACUGACACCAGAACAAAAAAAGAGAAAGAAAUAAGCGAAACCAAUGAAUCUCUAAAAACCAAAAUGUCUGAACUGCGUCUCUACUGUGACCUUUUAAUGCAGCAGGUUCACACGAUACAAGAAUUUGUUCAUCAUGAGGAGAAUCAUUCGUCACCCAGCAUAGAGAACAUGAAUGAAGCUUCUUCUUUGCUCAGCGCCACUUGUAAUACAUUUAUCACGACACUUGAAGAAUGUGUGAAGAUAGCCAAUGCCAAGUUUAAACCCGAGAUGUUUCAGCUGCCUCAUCCAGAUCCCUUAGUGUCUCCUGUGUCACCGUCACCUGUUCAAAUGAUGAAACGUUCCAUCAGCCACCCUGGCUCGUAUGGUUCAGAGAGGAAUAGUCACUCCAUGAAAGAGCAAAUUUCUUCAUUUCAUCGACUAUCCCAGCAACACAGAAGAACCUACUCAGAUACAGACUCUUAUAAUGAUAGCCCAUUUGAAGACCCUGAUAGACCCAUCCUCUGUUCAAGAGAUGCCCUCAAUGGAGAUUUGACAUCAGCAACCAUUCCUGAAGAAAACAGAUCAGCGACAAAGAAAAGAACUGAAUUGGAAGAUCCUUUUCUGUCCUCGACCUGAGGAAACCGAAGUGUUCAACUUUCUCUGAGUAUUGCUAUGCAAAAGCUGCUGUAACUAUACUGUCAUUAGAGGGAGUAGUUUUUCCCUUUACUUAGAAGGAUUUCUCUGCACUUUAUAGAACAAUGUAAAAAAGAACCUUUGAAGUGUAUUUUAUCUUUAUAAAGUUUAUUUGCAAGAGUAUUUUCCUAAUAACUUCAUGGUCUGAAUGUGUAUCCUUUUUCUUUGAACAAAUGGAUUGUUUAACAUUUAGGCAUCUUCAAGACAAUGUAGGUAUUUUUAAAAAAAAAAAACCAGGAAGGACUUACAACGUCCUUUUUGUCUUAUAAAUGAUAAACCCGAAACCUUUUCAUCAAGGUUUUGAAUUGGUAGAAGUGUGAAAUAUGUAAUGUGUGCCAUGGACUGAUUGGUUACUAUCAAAACUGUAUAACUGUCCAAACAGCUUGGUGGCAGUUAUGUAGCCCUUCUUUAAAGACAAGACAGAAUUGUCUAAUCUACUUAUCUUAGCCCAAGUUAUAUGGACAUAUCAAAUAUUUUUUUAAAGAAAGAUCAGCUGACGCUGAAUUGUUGAUACCAAAUAUUGGGCUCAAGUAUUCUUUUUAUCUAUUUCUUCUGCACUAAAAAAAUAUUGCUUUGUAUUAACUAGUCCUAAAUUAUGAUCCAUCAGACUUCAACCUGGGCACAAAGUUUUAGUGUCAUCGCAUCCAGAAGAGUUUAAUACUGCAGUGAGUUGUUCACUUAACUAGGGAAAUAGAAAUGCCUUUUGUCAGGGGCAAGUUUUGUGUUUGUUUCUAAAGUGGAUCAUUAUGCUGUUGUUGUAAGGCAUUAAUAUUUGCAUCUAUAUAGAAUAUCUAUGGAUAUUUUUUAUUUAUGAAGUAUUUAUACUAAAGGAAUUUUUGUUAAUGUGACUGCUGUGUCACUUUAGAAUGGCAUUAUUUAAUUAGAAAACCAAUAUCGUUUUAUUGGCAGUCUAUUCACACCAGUCGUUCAGGUUAUCAGUGUUUUCCUCAUAAGCUCUGUUAAUUAAUUCAUCUUAGGAUGACACUUAUUAUUUGGGGUCUUGAACAUGGAGCACUUUUUUAAAAAGACAAAAAAUGGUUUGCUGUUUAUAAGUUACUCAUGUUUAAUAAAUGUGUUUUUUGCAUUUUAAAUUUA